AUGUUCGAUAUCAAGGCAUGGGCGCAGUACAUAGUGGAGUGGGCGGCAAAGGAUCCCUAUGGCUUCCUCACGACGGUGAUCUUGGCCCUGACGCCGCUGUUCAUCAUCAGUGCCGCUCUGUCGUGGAAACUCGCGAAAAUGAUUGAGGCCAGGGAGCGAGAGCAGAAGAAGAAACAGAAGCGCCAGGAAAAUAUUGCAAAAGCCAAACGAACGAAGAAGGAUUAAAAGGGCAAAAA